UCCCGUCCACACACUCCUCCAGACACACAAACACACACAUACACGUACACGGGUUUCUUGCGGUGAUUUGGCUGCAGAGAGCUGGGCAGGAUUUGCCAGUCCGGGGGUCAGCACCGGGUUUAGUGGGGCACAUUGAAAGAGGAACGCGGAUGGAUACUUCCGUGAAGAAUUGGUCAAAAUACCUUGAUUUGGUUUGAUUUUGAGUGCGCAUACCUGUGCGGACUUGCCUGUCAGAGGGGGAGUCGAGGCUGAGGAGACACACCUUUACCUGCCUGCCCCCCACUCCACCUCCACCUCCCCCUGUUUCUGCCCUCUAACUGCACGCGGAGGUAUCUGGAAAUGUCGGCAAAUGAGAGAGCAACGCGCGCGCUGCGGGAGAUCCUGCAGAACGCCGGGAAUGAAACGUGCGCAGACUGCGGAGCACCGGACCCUGACUGGGGCUCCUGCACUUUGGGGGUCUUCGUCUGCCUCGCCUGCUCCGGGAUCCACAGAAACAUCCCCGACACCAGCAAGGUGAAGUCUCUGAGUCUGUCUCACUGGGAGGACCACGAGGUGCAGUUUAUGGCUGAUCACGGCAAUGAGCUGAUGAAGAGUAAAUAUGAGGCUGCUAUUCCCUUCUACUACUACAAACCAACCCACAAAGACUGCCAGACUCUCAGGGAGCAGUGGAUCAGAGCAAAGUAUGAGAGGAAGGAGUUCUGUGAGCCUGGGAACCACUUACUAUAUGAGGAAGGAAUGAGAGAUGGCAUGUUGAUGAAGAGGGGGCGGGACAACGGGCAGUUCUUCAGCAGGAGAUUCGUCCUCUCGGAGAGGGAGGGGACUCUGAAGUAUUUCACCAAAUAUGACGCUAAGGAGCCCAAAGCAGUGAUCAAAGUGGACACCAUCAACGCCACCUUCCAGCCGGAGAAGAUCGGAAACCCCAACGGCCUGCAGAUCACCUACCUCAAAGACUACAGCACGCGCAACUUCUUCGUCUACCACGACAACGGAAAGGAGAUCGUGGACUGGUUUAAUACGAUUCGAGCGGUUCAGCUUCACUAUCUAAUGGUGGCCUUCCCCGGGGCGACAGAUGCUGAGCUGGUACACAAACUCACCCGGAACUUUCUGAAGGAAGGAUUCAUGGAAAAGACCGGCCCCAGGCAUACUGAAGGCUUCAAGAAGCGCUGGUUCACUCUGGACCAAAGGAGACUCAUGUACUUCAAAGAUCCUCUGGACGCCUUUGCCAAAGGUGAAGUGUUUUUGGGGAACAAGGACCACGGGUACAGCGCCUCACCCGGCCUGCCCGCCGGCACACACUGCAACGGCGCCUGGCAGCACGGCGUCACCAUAGAAACGCCCGACCGCGGCUUCCUGUUCACCUGCGAGUCAGAGAGCGACCAGCAGGAGUGGCUGAAACACUUCAAUGACGUCAUGAAUGCUGUGAUGUCCCCUCAGGAGUACACAAUGGAAGCCUUGUUCAAACACAGGCAUUGAUGGACCGCCUGUGGAUCAUCUGCUCUCAUCCAUCACCCUCCAGACUCUGUUCUGCACUACCUUCAUCACUGAUAUCACCACACUGGAGCAUCUUACAAGUCCCAAUGCUGCCCUUUGGGGGCAGAUAUCCAAACAAGAGGACCGAGGCAAUAUUCAUCGGUACAUUUAAAUAAGAUAUAUAGCCAAAACAUGAUUUAGUUUUGCUCACAUUUUUGUAGGAGUAAGAGAUAGUAAAAGUUUAGUUUUGGUCUGACCCUAAGCCUAACAAAUCCAUUGCCCAAAUCACCAAUAUGUUGACCAAUGUUAUGUUGCUUCCUACUGUUAAUCACAUGCAUGCACAGUGCAGUUUUUAAAGGCAAAUUGGUCCUCUUGUAUCAAGUAUUUUAUGCUAGUGUACUCUGAUGAUUGGGUAAUAAAAAAAGGCGACCAUCAACAGGACAGAACUGUUUCUUCAGUCUGGGAUUAAGAUUUUUUUAAUAAAACCAAUUUUAUUCAUUGAUUUAUUUUCAUGUAAACUUGUGUAUCAAAUGUAAAGCAGUCCAGUUCAUGAGCUAGAGCUGAAACAUGUUGCAUAGUGUGCUGUCCACAAAGGACACAGAGAUGUUCUAACCAACCUAAUAUCUUCAGACACACUACCUGUACAGUUUGCAUCAUGAAUGACUUUUGUAUGCAGUAGUUUUUGAACAAGUAUGCCUGUUGAAGAUGAUCAUUUGCAAAUGCAUAGGGAUAGAAAAGCUGUACGCACUUUAAGACAUUGCAUGGUCUAACAGUGCCUCCAUGUGGCAAACCAUACCAUCACUAAAUCUUUGUUAAAACAAUCAAUGUUUCAGGUUAAAUGUUUUCCUUUUCUGUUCUUUUGGUUAAAGAGGUACUCCCUUUGGGUGUUGACUUGGUGUCUUUUGUAACCCUUAUGUUGUGUUCGGGUCUCCCGUGACCCGUUUCAAGUUCAAACUAUAUAAUAACUACGCUCUAGUUUUUUUAUCGGAACAAGGCUUCACGAUAUCCUCCACAACAGCUAUAUGAACACUACAAAACAGAUUUUAGCCAAGUUUGAAGGUGUCUAGAAAAGUGUAUAAUUUAGCGUUCGGGUCUGGGGAGACCCGACAGAGUUGUUGUGGGUGACUCCGGGUCAAAUUUGGCCCAAUCAAGAUUCAUCUUUGACUUUAGACACCCCUCCCCCUUCAUCCACUGUAACAAUAAUUUAAAACGUUGUAUUGUUUUCUAAUACGAGUCUAUUAUAGUCAGAUAACGAUCCACCGUCUUCACUAUAGGAAAUAUAAUGAGUGAAUUUAAUCACAUGUUUUACUUAAAUAUGUUGGGUAAUGUUUUUAGGGGCCAUAAAAUAAAAUUACAACAGGAUUGUACGGUUAUGAAUGCAUAAUAAGUUAGUUAUGAUGUAGUUAAAACAAUAUUGGAUGAUAGUCGUUAUUUUUGAGUGUUUUGGACUGAGAUAAAUCAUGAGUCAAAAUUGAACCGCGAACACCAGCUUUCGAACACAACACAAGGGUUAAGGCAUUUCUAUGCUUGAGCAUGGCUGACUGACAUACCACAUGAACAUAUUGAUAAUGAAUAAUAAAAUAAAUAUUUCUUCUGGAA